GGCCGCUGAGCAGCGGAAGAACUUGUCAAACACAUACGACUUUCAACGGGGACGGCACGUUUUUCGUACAACCUCAUGAUCCGAAUAUUAUAACUGUUUGUUGUAGUUGAACCUGCUGAUUUUAUUUCUUCAUCACAAAUACUUUUACUUACACAAAAGAGAAAGAGAUUCAUAUAACAUCAUUGAUUGGGACUUGAAGUUGAAGAUUGUAGUUUGUUCUGCAUGUUGUCAUAUACAUAUCGCAACAUGGGAGAAUUCCACCUCCACCCCCCUCUUCACCACAACAGACGGCCGCCCGCCUCCGUUCCAGCUACAGCCUGGAGAGUGUGGUGCGUCAACGCUGCCACGCUUAAGUCGUCCUCUCACGUUCGUGGAUACAGCUGCCGAUGUCUCAAUUCUACCGGUCAUGACACUCGAAGAAAUCCACGCUGCUGGUGAUAAAUGGAAUUCUCCGAAUCGGAAUAGAGCUCGUGGCGUUGUGGGAGGUAGUGACUCAUUCGUUGUUGUUCCCGAACGAUAGUUCAUUCAUUUGAGGUGUUGUUUCUUGUUUCAUAAAUUGCCUCGGCUUUCUCCUGUAAGAAAUAGAAUCUCAACAAGAUCGCAUCAUCACAAAAAACAGGUCCACCACAUCGUGGCAUCGAAUUGGAC